CCCUUGAAGUUAGAAGGGAGUUGAGUACACCCUAGGCCACUUGGUGCCCAGCCCCUUUCCCACCCCAGUUCUGUUCCAGAAAGCCACACCCUCCAGGGCAUGCUGCUCACGCAGCAAACUUCCUCCACUUGGAGUCAGGUGCAGUCUACACACCAGCACCGGAUCAGAUCUCGCAGGACACUUAUGGUGUCUCCAGCACUUGCCAAGGGGUGGAGUGGGGUAGAACUGGAGUCUGGACCAGAAGGCUGGAGUGGGGUGCAGAGAGGAUGCCCAUAUGAGCAGCUCCCUCUGCCGGCUCAUAGCAGGGUGUGGAAUGACCUGAAGGAGAAGAAAGAGAAGGUGGAGGAGAAGGCAAGCCGGAAAGAGCGGAAGAAAGAAGUGGUGGAGGAAGAGGAGAACGGUGCUGAAGAGGAAGAGGAAGAAACUGCUGAGGAUGGAGAGGAGGAAGAUGAAGGGGAUGAAGAAGAUGAGGAAGAAGAGGAAGAGGAAGAUGAAGGGCCCGCGCUGAAGAGAGCUGCCGAAGAGGAGGAUGAAGCAGAUCCAAAGCGGCAGAAGACAGAAAAUGGGGCAUCGGCAUGAGCCCCCACCCUGGGGCUGGCAGUGGGAGGCCCCUUGGGGUCUGGAGGUGGGGGUGGGAACAGACCAGUGGCCACCUGUCACCUGGCUUCUUGCUCUGGGCCCUGUCCCAGAGCAGCCAUCCUUUUCUUUCUUCCCAGUCCUCUCAUUUCUAACUCUCAGACACUGCCC